GUGCGUUCGAACCAGGUGACGCUUUCGCACGUGUUUUCGUUUAUAUUCAUUUAUUGCUUACUGUUGAUUGAUCUUUAAUAACGAUGGGCCGAAAUUCUAAAAAGUGUGUUCGUGUGAACACCAGUAAUUUAGAAAAUAGCACCAGCUCGUCUAAUAACACAUUACCACCCCUUAUUACUAGUAGUUCACCCAACAUAAAAGACUCGAACAUAACUCUGACACCUGUAAGACAGGUGGAAGAUGUUCUGUCUGAAAAGGUAGAGCUCUCUUACUUAACAUGCAUUAUUAUAGAGAUGCAGCUACAGAUAGAUGAAUUAAAAACGAAGUUAAGUUCAUUAGAAUGUAUACCCGAAACUAUCUCACUUAUGAAAAAGGAACUGCUGGAUCCUACAAUCCUAAAGCUUUUUAAUGUGACCUCUAGAAUGACGCCUACUGACUCAGAAAAUGCGAAGGAGUUAGAAAACGCCAUUGACUUUCUAUCCAGCGAAGUUGUUAAAAGGCUGGCUUCGAAACAAAACGCUAUAGUGUAUAAUGUACCAGAUAGCGAGCCCGUAAAGUCGGUCCAGCACUCAUUGUUGAAGGCUGCAAAUCUCUUGAGUGCACCUUGUCAGUGCAUUCGCCUAAGUAAAAAAGACCUAAAGCAUCCAUGCCCAUACUCUUUAGGUUCGACAGCUACAUAAUAGCUGAACGAUUUAAGAAGGCCGAAGAUCUUCUGGCUACUGCCAGUAAAUUCAAGACUAUUAAAGUAGUCUCGGAUAAAACAACUAACCAAAGGCAAGCAACCAAGAACUCCUUCGAUACA